UAUUUUUUUGUCUACAGAAUUUCGACAUACUCGAGGGCGAUCUCCCUGACUCUAUGACAGACCUAACGCUGACAGGCGCAGAUACUAUCAUGUUUGGACCCAAUUCGAUGAGCAGACUGGCAGACGCGCGCCACGUCCGCAUCUCGGGACCCAAACAGCUGGUGCUUCGGAAAAACACCGCCGUCAAUACCAAAGUGGUCAACCUCUAUCUGGACAUCCGCGGCGUCGAUGUGGUCCGCAUGGAGCCGAGUACCUUCCAUAAAGUACAAGGUCCGCUAUCGGUAACGAUAAAGAAUUGUGACUUCGUGUUCCUCGAGGGCGAGGUGUUCUCGUGGCUCCUUUCCAUAAGCGUGAUCAAUGUCAGAAAGCUGGUGCUAGGCAAAGGGUCGUUUGCACUGGAUCCUACUGCUGCCAAUGUUGGUCAACAUGGGCCUGGCAUGUCGGUUGAACUGGUGAACACAACUAUUCCCGAGUUACCAGCUCAAAGUUUUGGAUCUUCAGCAGCCCGAGUUUACUUGGAAUCUGUAGACGUUCAUGGAAUACGCUCAGGAGCCUUCACUGCGAAUACAUAUAACAUCGUUAUGGCUGUAAAUUGCGCUUUUCACCUAAUAGAGGAAGAGGCAUUCGCGCCGAAGUCAUUAAUACACAAUUUAAAUUUCAUCGGCUGCAAGAUACAACAACUGAGUUCUAAAGCGAUACAAUCAGCUGUCGUUAGUCUAAACUUUUCGAACAACAGUUUUGACAAUAUUGACUCAGGAGCGAUAAACACAACCGUCGUAGCAGUAGAAAUCGUUAACUGCACUUUUCACAAAUUUAUGGAAAAAGGAUUCGAGUUUUUAUCUUGGAAUAAACUACGAUUAGAACGGAAUUCGUUCGACGAGCUCGUUCCAAACGCUAUUCUCACCCCCGACGUGUUACACGUACAUGAAUUUAUAUUUAAUGAAAAUGAAAUCGAAACGAUGCACCCCAACAGUCUUGGAUUUAUAGGACAAGUCGCUGCAAAUGCUGCAAAAAAGAUCACCUAUAAUAAUAAUUACUAUGGACAAAAUUGUCACUGCAAUAUUACUGAGUGGUUGGGUCGCGCUCUUGGUGCAGCCUCUGGUGAACUCUACACGACAGAAAGUUACUGCACGGUUGAUGAAUUCUUUGCACGUUGUUUUAACGAACCUGAACAAAAUAUGAAAAUUUCUAAAUUCAUUAAUGGAGUUUGUAAUCCUAACGAAGUACAAUGCGAAGCUUUACAAAAGUGGAACAGACACGGGAAAUAAAAAAUCCAAGAUUCCCCCACAAAAACAAAGAAGAACCUAUAUUGCGUGAAAGAGAUAAGAAAGUUAUUGGCAUUGUCAUUGUAACGAUCCUUGGAUGCGUCAUAAUUGCCAUGUUAAUCACUUUUAUAAAAUGUUUACGACGCGAAGGCUACUGCUUGAAUAUAAAAAACAUACUACUGUCCUCUAAUUCGUCAUGUGGUUCCUUCUGCGAUAGACUCUGUACAUGUGGCAGAGGAAACGGUUUAGACAACGCACGAUCAAUAUCUCAACUUUCGGUUAAU